GGCGCGUCCAGCGCUGCCGCCCUCAGCCCCUCCCGUCGGGCCCCGCCCCCUUGGGAGCGGCGCAUGCGCCGUGCGGGGCCGCGCCGGGCCUGAGGGAAGUGCCCGAGCGUUUCCGGGUUGGGCGGCGGCGGCGCCACCGUCACCGGGAGCAUGUCCUGCGCCCUCGUCCCCUUCGCCCACUUCCAGGACCUGGACUUGGCCCGCGACUUCCUGAGCCCGCACCGCCGCCAGGGCAGCGCCGCGGCCGCCAAGGAGAGCGGUAAAUCAACAAGUUGGGAAGAUGGUGGCUGGGGAGCCUGGGAUGAAGCAGAAUUGCAAGAACCUGAAGAAGAGGAAUCCAAUUCCAAGAACCAGCGAAAUUACUGGCUUCAGGACUGUGUGCUGUCCUUGUCACCAACCAAUGACCUGAUGGUGAUAGCUAAUGAACAGAAAGCAGUCUUUUUAGUGCCUAAAUGGAAGCACAGUGACAAGGGAAAGGAGGAAAUGCAGUAUGCUGUUGGCUGGAGUGGCUGUCUGAAUGUUGAAGAAGGGGAAUGUGUGAGUAGCGUGUUGUGUAUUCCACUGGCAAGUCAGAAGAGGAGCUCCACAGGCCGCCCUGACUGGACGUGCAUCGUGGUUGGCUUCACCUCUGGCUACGUUCGGUUUUACACCGAGAGUGGAGUUCUGCUUCUUGCCCAGCUUUUGAAUGAAGAUCCUGUCCUACAGCUAAAGUGCAGAACCUAUGAAAUUCCCAGGCAUCCUGGUGUCACAGAACAGAAUGAGGAACUAAGUAUCUUGUACCCAGCAGCAAUUGUGACAAUUGAUGGCUUCAGCCUCUUCCAGUCACUUCGUGCAUGUCGCAAUCAGGUAGCAAGAGCUGCAGCAUCUGGCAAUGAGAAUGUUCAGCCUCCACCAUUAGCUUAUAAGAAAUGGGGUUUGCAAGAUGUGGAUACGAUUGUUGACCAUGCUAGUAUUGGCAUCAUGACACUGUGUCCUUUUGAUCAAAUGAAGACUGCCUCCAAUAUAGGAGGAUAUAAUGCAGCUAUAAAAAACAGUCCACCUGCCAUGUCCCAGUAUGUUACUGUUGGAGCCAAUCCUUUCACUGGGUUCUUUUUUGCCCUGGAGGGUAGCUCACAGCCACUGUUGUCUCAUGUUGCCUUAGCAGUUGCAAGCAAACUGACUUCAGCAUUAUUUAAUGCUGCCAGUGGCUGGCUUGGUUGGAAGAGCAAACAUGAAGAAGAACCUGUCCAAAAACAGAAACCAAAAGUGGAACCUGCAACCCCAUUGGCAGUGAGGUUUGGACUUCCUGACUCCCGGCGCCACGGUGAAAGGAUAUGUCUCUCUCCAUGUAACACUUUGGCUGCAGUAACAGAUGAAUUUGGAAGGGUUAUUUUGCUGGAUGUUACACGAGGACUCGCAGUUCGCAUGUGGAAAGGGUACCGUGAUGCAGAAGUUGGUUGGAUACAGACAGUAGAGGACCUUCAGGAGAGGGAAACAGAGAAGAUGGAUUCUUCUCCUUUUGGAAAUGCACAGGGUCCAAGCAGGGUAGCUCAGUUCCUUGUGAUCUAUGCUCCAAGAAGAGGCAUUCUGGAAGUGUGGAGCACGCAGCAAGGACCUCGGGUUGGAGCCUUCAACGUGGGGAAAUACUGCAGGUUGCUGUAUCCUGGUUAUAAAAUAAUGGGUCUAAACAAUGUGACCAGUCAGGGAUGGCAGCCCCAGACUUACCAGAUCUGCCUUGUUGAUCCAGUCUCUGGAAGUGUAAAAACUGUCCAUGUACCUUUCCAUUUAUCACUGAGUGAUAAAAAGAGUGAACGAGCAAAGGAUAUGCAUCUAGUGAAGAAGUUAAAUGCUUUACUCAAAGCUAAAACCUCAGAUCCAGAUUUAAUUGAAGCUGAAGCAAAGGAAUUAAUACUUGACAUCAAAUAUCCUGCUACAAAAAAACAGGCUUUGGAAAGUAUAUUGACAAGUGAACGUAUACCACUUUCAUCUCUCACAAACAUCACUCAGACAUUAAUGGAUAAUUUAAAAAAACAGGAGCUGGAGUGUGUGGACGAAGGACUGCUGCAGUUCUGUGCAAAUAAGUUAAAGCUGCUACAUCUUUAUGAACUGGUUAGCAAACUGAAUUCCCAGAGCAUACAGAAAGAGACUUCACCUUCAGAUAAUGACUUGGCUAAACUGCUUCGUCUUGAACAAAAAGAUUUUCAUAGGCUUGAAACUUUACUGGAGAACUACAAGAAAGAAAAUACUCAAACUACCACUCAGCUGACUGAUAAGAAGGAUGAUGUGUUGUCUGUGAAAAUGUUUUUAGAAUAUCUGGAAUAUGAAAAGGAUAUGAUUACUGUAAAAAAUAUGGAAGAUGAAGAAUAUGUGGCUUUAGGCAGCUUUUUCUUCUGGAAGUGCUUGUGUGGGGAGAGUUCCACAGAGGAAGUGUGCCGUGCACUGGAAUCAGCAGGUUUUAGCCCACAAACGUUGUUGUCACUCCUUCUCAAUUUAUGGCUUUCCAAGGAAAAAGAUAUUCUAGACAAACCAGAUUCUGUCAGUUGCCUUCACACUAUGCUGUCACUUCUGAGCAAAAUGAAAGUCGCUAUAGACGAGUCGUGGGACACGCAGUCCGUGUCCCCCUGGUGGCAGCAGAUGCGCACGGCCUGCGUUCAGUCCCAGAACAACGCGGCUGCCCUGCUGUCCGCUCACGUGGGGCACUCUGUGACCGCACAGAUCAUCGACAGCCUGAACGAGAAAAAGUUUUCCCAAAUAACUGUAGGUUCAGACACGGAAUCCUGGGAAGCACUUUCCCUUGAUACUGAAUAUUGGAAACUUCUGCUGAAACAGUUAGAGGAUUGCCUGAUACUUCAAACACUACUGCAUAGCAAAGUGACCAAAAGGACAAAAAGAGUUUCCUCACUCCAGACUGAGCCUUUGGGCAGACUGUCUGUUAAGAAAUUGCUUGAAGCUGGAAAAGGAGGUAUUGCUGACACUGUAGCAAAGUGGGUAUUUAGGCAAGGCUUCAGUCCAAUUAUACUGAACGUGGCCCAGUACAAAAACAAUACAGACAGUUCUGAAGAAUCUGUAGAAACGCAUAAUAAUCUCUUUCUUGAGGAACCAGAAGAAGCUACGGGCUUGGAAAGAAUCCUGGAGCUGCUGCAAGUAGCGUAUCAGCAAUUUCCAUGUAGUCUCGAAGUGGAUGUACUCCAUGCACAUUGCUCUUGGGAAUGUGUAGUGCGGUGGAAUAAGGACCCAGAGGAAGCAUGUUUUCUCAAUAGGUCUAUAGAUCAUCUAAGAUGCAUCAUUAAUGCUCACAUUCAGCAUGGUAUUGCUCUGAUGAUGUGGAAUACAUUCAUAGUGAAAAAGCUUUCUUCUGCCACAUAUCUUAUGGACAAGGUUGGAAAAGCUCCAAAGGACAGAUUAUGCAGACGGGACGUAGGGAUGAGUGACACAGCAAUGACAGCUUUUCUUGGCUGCUGUUCAGAACUUCUGCAAACGUUGCUAGAGGCAGACGUGAGCAGUGAUGAGAUGCAGGCCCCUGUGCUGGACACUGAGGACGCCUGGCUGUCGGUGGAGGGCCCGGUGUCCAUCGUGGAGCUGGCCCUGGAGCAGAAGCGCAUCCACUACCCGCUGGUGGAGCACCAGUUCGUGCUCUGCACCGUCCUCUACGCCAUCAUGAGGCUCUCCCUCAAGGCUGUGAAGCCACUCUCACUGUUUGACAGCAAGGGCAAAAAUGCAUUUUUCAAAGACCUUACAUCAAUUCAGCUGCUACCUAGUGGGGAUAUAGAUCCAAACAUGUUAUCCAUACGACAGCAGUUCUUGCUCAAAGUUGUGAGUGCAGCAGUUCAAACACUGUGUUCAUCACAGAAGGACAGAGAAGUCUCAGAAGAGGAAUAUUUUCCUUUUGAGAAGGGGAAGAACUGGCCAACUUUGGCUGCAGACCUGGCUCAGUAUCUUCAGGUCUCUGAGGAUCUGGUCAGAAGGCAUUAUGUCUGUGAACUGUACAGUUAUGGGAUGGAUCAUCUGGGUGAAGAGGCCUUCGUGCAGGUGGCUGACAAAGAAGUGCUUGCAUCCCAGUUGCUCAUGCUGGCUGGGCAGAGACUGGCCUUCGCUCUGCUCCACGGACAGAUCAAGGACGGUGUGGAAUUCCUCACCAGGCUUCCUCCAACACUGAGCACUUGGCUCAAAGCUAUGGACCCCCAGGAAAUCCAGAAUGUGGAAGUGCCAAUUGCAACAACAGCCAGGCUGGUGAGCAAGGUGAUCGAGCACCUGCCCGAGAACCACGGGCAAUACAGCCUGGCCCUCAACCUCAUCGAGGCUGUCGAGGCCAUCCCAGCCUGAGCACUUGUGCAGCAGAGCAGGCUCUUACACAGAGCCUGAACCUGAUGGGAAGAAAAUUCCGUGGGGCUCUGGUUAAGCCACAGAAAGAACAAUGCUCCCCCAUCCCAGAAUUUCAGAAGGUAAUUUUAAAUUGGAGUAUAUUUUAAAAUCUGCACUAGUAAGGAUAUAUUUAGUUUCUAGUACACUUGUCAGUAUCUGAACUGCUUUGUUAUUUAUUUCUGACUUGAGUGCUUUAUGCAGUUGUUUAAAUUGGGUAUAUUUGACAGCAGUUUUAGUCUCUUGACACAAUCACAUCUUGUGAAAUUCUGUAUUUCAUGCUGGCAGUAACUGCUGCACUUUCAAUGUUCCAUGUAUGAUUUGUUUUCCAAAAGCAACUUUAGAAUUAGACCCAAGAAGAACUUCAGUCUCUGAAGUUACCAUGUAAAGCCAAAACUGCUUUUUCUGAAGCUCGAGCUGGUGUUGGGCUCAUGCCUUGUAACUGCAUUAUGUGACAAUGACAACUGCACUUGAUGUAGCAUGAAACGUGCUGGGGCCUUAGGCAAAGGGAGAUCAGCCUGGGAAGGAGAACCCAACUCUCCAGACAUGAGUAGGGACAAUUUUUAGUCCAGCUCUCCCCAUGCUGUCUCUGGGGUGCUGGGCUUCAACUACAACUGGACUUACAUCCCUUUCCAGUAUUAUUAAGCUCUGCUGAGUUUAAGUAGGUCAAGGAAUGUCUUACUGUAAGGUUGUUCCUCCAUCUUAUCACUGUAGGAGAUGUAGUAUGCUAUGAAUCUCUGCACAUGUUAACUUGUAGUCAAAAAUGCUUAAAAAGUUGAUCCAACUUCUCUGAAGAUUGACAGUACUGAGUACUUUAGCCUUAAAACCCCUACUUUAUUGAUGGUACCUACAGGGAAUCCUAUAGUAUCUUCACUAUUGGAAUGGUGUUGAACAUGGUUAUCUGGCAUUGGUGACUCCUGUUCACUACUUGUCUGAAGGAAGCCAGGAGAGAAAAAUGAAAUUGGUGUAAACCUCUUGUCUGUCAGCUGAAAUUACCAGCUCCAUCCUGUAACCUGCUCCUCCUGCAUUAUAUGUAAGAAACAUUUGUAAUAUUCUGCCUUGCUGGAGACAGAAUUUCAAAUUGUGUCUUAUCUUUCUGAAGUAUGUGCUGCUGUCAUCAAAGGGUUUGACUUGCCCCCUCAAAAGGCAAUGCAGGUGGCUUGUUCUGCAGCCCCAGGUCCUGAUCACUGCACUCCAAGGCUGAUGGUGAAGGAUUCUUGCUUUGAUACUGGAUGUUUGCCUUCCUACAGAUGAAGCAAAUAGUCAGACUUCCAAUAAAAUUCCCUGGUCUAUGUUCUGUUGUACUUCUCUACUGACUUCCAUAACUGAGGUUAAAAAUGAGCUGUGAAGGAGAAAUGGAAGAGGCAAUAUCAUACAGGUGCCAUGACCACCUUCCCUGACAGCACCUCACACUUCUGCAGAAAUGAGUGAGCUUGAGAUUUGGUCAUCAUGGAACAUGAGGGAAGCCGAGUGUUCCUUAGCUGCAUUCCAUUCCUCUAUCCUGGUACAGCUGUGUAAAGGAAUUCACUCUAACUGAGCAUCAUGUCAGAGCUGACACACUACACCAAUCAAAUCUGUAAUGUAUUGUAAGUAAUACUCUGUAUAUAGUGCUAUUUUGUGUUUAAUUUGCUGUGGAUUUGUGUAAAUUGAUUAAAUAAAAUUUGAGGUUUCA